AUGGGCUCCGCGUCCUCCAAGCCCACACACACCACCAUGACUCGCGACCUCGACGAGAAGGCCGCGUAUCUCGACAACCUCAACGCUUCCAAGCGCGAUGCCAAGCUCCCCGACCUCCCCGAGGCGAUGGAUGCGAGUCUUAGUCUCGGCACCGUCGCGGGCUGGGAUAAGGACCUCGAGAAUGACCCGACGUUCAAGCUCGCGCGCCUAGUACUCGGGUCGUCUGACCCGAUCGUGUCGCUCAAGAACCGGGCGGCCGAGGCCUCUGACGGGAAGAUCUUCAACGUCAACCUCAAGGGCGUCAAUGACAAGGGCGACUACCCUGGCCCAGUGACGAACCAGGCGAGCAGCGGUCGUUGCUGGCUCUUCGCGACGACCAAUGUGCUCCGGUACAAUGUGAUCGAGACGGCCAAACUUGGCGCGUUCCAGCUCUCCCAGAACUACCUGUUCUUCCACGACAAGAUGGAGAAGGCCAAUUACUAUCUUGAGAACAUGAUCGAGCUCGUCGACGAGCCGCUCGAGGGUCGCCUGGUGUCGUUCCUGAACUCGGCGCCAGUCGGCGACGGAGGCCAGUGGGACAUGGCCUACAACCUCGUGGCCAAGUACGGCGUCGUCCCGCAGACGCUGUACCCGGACGGUUUCAGCGCAACCUCGAGUUCGCGCAUGGGCUGGCUCUUAACCGCCAAGCUGCGCGAGUACGCGUUUGCAAUCCGCGCCGCGGCGCGCCCGAAGGACGGCGAGGCUGCGUCCCUCGAGACCCUCCGCGCAAUGAAGGCAAAGUACAUGCGCGAGGUGUACCGCACGCUCUGCACGACGCUGGGUACGCCGCCACACCCCGACGAGAAGUUUACAUGGGAGUACUACGACGCGGACAAGAACUACCACUCGUGGAGCGGCACGCCAAAGGAGUUUUACGCAAAGUUCUGCAUCCGCAAGAACAUGGACCCCAAGGACAGCUUCUCGCUCAUCAACGACCCGCGCAACGAGUACGAGCGGCACUACACCGUCAAGCGACUCGGCAACGUCCUCGAGGCCGGUCGGGUCAAGUACGUCAAUGCGCCGAUUGAGGUGCUUGAAGACGCGGUGAUUGCGGGUAUCAAGGCCAACACGCCGUUAUUCUACGGAUGCGACGUUGGCAAGUUCAGCAACGGUACCAAGGGUAUCAUGGACACUGCGAUUUACGACAUCCCCACCGCAUACGGGUUCGAGUAUGGCAUGGACAAGGCGCAGAGACUCGUCUCGGGCGAGUCUGCGGCCACGCACGCCAUGGUCAUCACUGCCGUACAUGUCGGCAAGGAUGGGCGGCCGGUGCGAUACAAGGUCGAGAACUCUUGGAGCGACACGAGCGGCGAGAAGGGAUGGUGGAUGAUGAGCGCAGACUGGUUCCGGCAGUACGUGUACCAGGUCGUUGUGCCGCGCUCGAUCGUCGACAAGAAGUGGGCGGCUGUGCUCGAGCAGGAGCCUGUCGAGUUUGAGCCCUGGGACCCGAUGGGUGCGUUGGCGUAG